AGCUUGCACAGAGUCAAGAAAACAGCAGCAGGAACAGGAGCAGCAGUGACACAGAUCCAGAAGAAAAGUGUCACCUAGCUAGAAGCCAACUGACCAAUGGAGAAUUCCAAGAAAUUCCUGUUUUUCAAGGGAAUCCCUCUCCUUCCCCAAUUUUAUGAUGUGGAACAUAUUCAAAGAAUGCAAGAUGAGUUUGAAUUUCAGGAUGAAGAUGUCAUAAUAGUGACCUACCCUAAAUCAGGAACCCAUUGGAUGAUACAUAUCCUCAGCCUGAUCUACUCAAAAGGGGACCCCACUUGGGUUAAAUCUGUCCCUUAUUGGAAACGUUGUCCCUGGAUAGAGAUAAAACCUAUCAUGGAAGUGGUCAAGAACAAGGGAAACUCCCAUCUCUUCACUUCCCAUCUCCCAGUCCAUCUCUUCCCUAAGUCCUAUUUCACCAGCAAGGCCAAGAUCCUGUAUGUUGCCAGAGAUCCAAGGGACAUCCUUGUAUCUUUAUACCAUUUUAAAAAUCAUAUCCCACUUUCCCUGUUACGUCCAACUUUUGAGCAUUUCUUGGAAAACUUCCUGCAGGGAAAUGUUGUUUUUGGGUCCUGGUUUGACCACAUCAAAGGAUGGCUAUCCAUGAGAAAUUCAGAGAAGUUCUUGUUCCUAACCUAUGAGGAACUUCAUCAAAAUCUUAAGGUCAGUGUGGAAAAAAUUUGCCAAUUCUUGGGCAAGGAGCUGAGUGAGGAAGAAAUCAAUUCAGUCAUGAAGAAUGCUUCCUUCCAAGUCAUGAAAAAGCACAUCCUGGAAAACAAAGAAACUAUGCCUAUAAAAAAUACUGAAUCUGUCAAAAACUUUUUGAUGAGAAAAGGAAUCUGUGGAGACUGGAAAAACCACUUCACAGUGACUCAAAUGGAAACAUUCAACAAGCAGUACCAAGAGAAGAUGAAGGGGAUGGACAAGGAUCUGUUCCCAUGGGAUCAAUGCUGAAAUGGAGAAUGGUGUUCUCUAAUUCACCCAUAUAUGAUCAACAAAUGAUAAUUCUGGCUCCUCCUUUGCAUCCCUAUUCUACUUUUACUCUCUUGUUGCUCUUAUUGCUAGUAGAAAGAAAAUUAGAAUUGAGACACAGGACAUCCAGGCUGCUUCCCAAAGGAAAGCUUCCAGUGUGGGUCCCUUACUCAGCAUGCUAAUUUUAUCUUUGACACACAUACUCUGCAUGCUAUUGUGGAAAGAUCCUUUUAAGCCUGUGAUUUAAACAUAAAUGAAUGCUGAAUGUUGUAGGCAUGUUCUCCCUUUUGAGAUGAUGGUGACUGUAAUCAUUGCUCAACAAAUUCAUAAUGCUAAGAGAUUAUGUAAUGUUAAAUAAUGCUUGCUUUGAUGAAAUAAAUUUAAUGACUUCAACCUGA